CACCAUCUGUACCGUCGUCUCACGAAUACCGAGCUGGUUCCUUGCACAUCUGUGUGAACGAGUUCUUCAGUGUAGCUCCGUGGCUACGAGCUUCCAGGCGACCGUAGCGCUCUCAAAACAUGCUCUCUAGUUUCCCAUGUUCUACGACCUCGCGCUCAAGCCCAUCUCUUCCGCGAAAUCUCUCUAGAAAAUCCCAAUUGGUGCAAAAAGUUUCACCACAUUGCGUCGACAUCUCCUUCUCUUCCCUUUGUCGUCCGUUCGCUGCGUCUAGUCACAUUCCCCCGCCAAUGGGUUAACGAGGAACCGACCUUACCCCUUGUUCUUAAACGCAUGGUAAACCUCAGGCACCUGCAAUUGUUCUUUGUCGAGUGGCAAUCAUUGCCUUCCUUAGAAUCGGCCUUGCAUUCACUGCGGAAUCUCACAGCGCUCACCCUCAGUAACGUCUUUUUCGAGAACUGCCUCGCUUUCUUCGCAAUGGUCGGACUUACUCCUAGCAUGAGGCAGUUGACCCUUCGCGGCGUGUUUUUUAAAGGACUGCCGUUACCCAAUGAUACGUUACCCUCGAACACGCAGCGAGUGUAUCUCAAUACAUUGCGUGUCGUGAGCACACAGUAUUCCGAAGACGCGUCAAGGAACAUCUUGAUAUCCUUCCUUCAUCCCUCAUCACCGAUAUCUUUGGCAGAGCUGAAGGACUUCCAAAUCACCCCCUUCUUAACAAGCGACAUCGAAACUGUGAGGGCCGUCCUGUCCGCGAGCAUGGACUCGCUCACCCAUCUGUCCCUGGAUGCUUUCGUACAGUCGCAUGUUGUUGACGAAUUUACCACAAUCUGCGAGCCGCUCCAUGUCCAUCAUAUUCCUUCUAUAUCGCUGGAAUUCUGCGAUAAGGUCUCGAUUCAGAAGCAGUUAAAGUGGUGGACGGAAAGCUUCAAUAUGCAUGCCGAGGAUUAUUCCCUUCGGGUCAUCAGUAUGACCAUUCGUCUCGACGAAAUUUCGUCAAUCGAGUCACCUGCGUUUACCGAUGUGACCAUAUGGGAAGCCUUGGAUGCUGCUCUGACGCGUCGUGAGAUGGCUGGCCUGCAGGGCGUAGAGUUCAUUUUUGACAUCGGUCCUGCGAGUAACAGGAAGGCCCUCGCACGCGAUCUGGACAAUUUCUUCCCUACGGCAUGCAAAGGCCUUCACAGCAAAAAUCUUCUUCGGUUUAGAAUACGAGAUAUAUUCCAACGACUCGUUGCAAAAAGCUCGUAAACGUGGAUCUUCACAACACCUCAUUGCAUAUUAGAUACAGCAGUGCGCUCUGAGGGCUGGAUCGUUCAAUGAACCAUCAUGAUUGGUGGCUUCUACAACAUCUUAUAGACUGACUAUUUAAUUUGCUUCAGUAUACUG